AUGUGGGCUCCGAGUAACUCAUAUCCAGAGCUACCGCCACCAAAUAGCUUGGCGGAGUCCUAUACCGACUCACCGUCCAAGCAAUCGCAACUUGAACAAACAGCAACGCCGACUCCAAUCAUACGCAUCCUCGCGCCAACCCCAGAGGGCGGCUCCGGCGUGGCGACGCCUUUAGCCCUACGACCCGGUUCCAGAUAUGACCGACCGUCACCUGACAACUGGACCGACGAGCUGAUCAAGCAAUCAGGUACCACAAAAAGCACCUUCGAAGACCCGUCGUCCUCGGAGUACGACGACAGUGGCUCCGAAACAGGUUCGAGCGGGUCGACCGGCUCCCAGCAGAGCUGGCGGCUGAACUCGUACUACACGCGCUCACCACCACGCACCGCGUCGAUUUCGCGCAACCCCUGCCGUAUCUGUGGCGCGCCAGCUAGAGACCUUCACGCCCCGGAGCCACCUCCAUCGACAUACCGAGGCCACAUCAAGCUGCUCCAGACCUCGUCGACGGCGCCGCGCGGGGUCUGGGCGCUGGGCCAGCGGUCGGUUCUCAAGGAGCUCGAGCGCGACGUUUCCGGCCGGCUGGCCUACGAAGCGCGGAACCUGGAGUUCGCGGCCCGGCACACCUCGGCGCCCGUGCCGCAAGUGCUGGCCAGCUGGACGGAGGGGCCCAGCUCGUGCGCGUUCCUGCUCACGUCUCGCCUGCCCGGCCAAACGCUUGAGGAAGCCUGGCCCGACCUGGAUGCGGAAACACGUGAGGAUAUUGCUCGGAGCGUGGCCGAGCACCUGAGAGAGCUGCACUCAGUCACCAAUGAAUGCAUGAGCGGCGCCAACGGCGGUGCGUUCCUGAAUGCCGGGGCAUUUUUUGGGUGCGCAGAAGACGCUGCGAUUCAGCCCUGUAUGUCCCAGGAUGAAAUUUUGGACCGUGUGGUGUCGGCGCUCAGCACCGACAAAAUCGCUGUGCCACAGAUGGAAUUCAUCCGCAUGCGCGUGCCAGUGAUGACGCCCUUCGUGUUCUCGCAUGGUGAUGUGUCGGCUCGCCAUAUCAUGAUAGAGAAUAACAGAUUUGCUGGCUUUGUGGACUUCGCUCAGAGUGGCUUCUAUCCCAAUUGGUGGGACUGGGUGCGUACACACUACAAUGACUCAUUGUUGGAUGCUCAAUGGAAGAUGAUCAUAAGAAAGCAUAUGGUGCCUCUGGAAUCUGAAAUGUAUUUCAAUAACUGCCUGGACUGGUACAUUAAUUGGACGCAAUUGCAAUCCAGGUUAGAACAGGCGACAUAA